GCCGCGAUGGCGGCAACCCGCCGCCGUUAGGACGAGCGUUGCUCGAGGACGGGAACGGUAUUGUGGAGACAGCAUUAUCCGAUUUCCACGAUGACGUCCAUUCGGUCGUCCAGCAAAGUGCAGAGCAGCGCGCCGCGGAGUCCGCUCAAGAAGGCGAUGCGCGCCAAGUUUGGGCUCAUGGACGCGCAACCGAUCGGCCAAGUGUCGAGCGAGGAUCCGCUGAGCGCCGACCAACUGCGCACCAAGCUUUUGCGCCAGGUGGUUGCACUGCUCGAGCGCGACGACUCGAUGGUCGACUUCGUCGCGUCCGUGGUCGACGCGGUCGCGUCGCAGCCGCUCGAGCAAGACACGAUGCGGCGCGCGUUCCUCGCGCAGCUCAACGAGGCCGAGGGCCGCAAGCCGGUUGCGUCGAGCAGCGGGCGGGUGAAAAAAAGCUUUAACGUCCACCACUGCCGCGACUUUAUUCUGGCGUGCGUCAACGAGAUCGUGGACCUGGACGAGACCGACCCAACCUUUGACUACGCCGAGUCCUGCGCCGACUCGACGAGCGACUACGUAUGGCGCGCACCGAAAGCGAAAUGCUCGUCGCCGUCACUGACAGAGCUGCUUGUGCGGCCGGCGUCGCCGCUCGCCAAGACCGGCGUCGGCUUUGACUACAUUGAGACGCUCUCGACCCCCGCGCCGGAGGACGUCGCGAGCCACCUGCGCCGGCUCAUCCGAUUGCACAACGAGCAGCACUCGGACUCGACCGAUAACGUCGACGACGACGAUGAAGACGACGAAGCGUUCAGUAAGGUGCACGCGUACGCUCGCUCGAUGGCGCAGAAGCGGCGCGCGUUCGCAGCCUUCAAAGAGGCGAUGCCCAUGGAGCCGUCGAGUCCGCUCAAGAAGGCGGCGCGCCACGGACCGCUCGCGACCAAGCGCUUUGUGUUCAACGUGCUUCAGUGCGAGCUGCCGGCGAUGGCGGCCGACAGCCCGCGCAAGAAGAGCCCGCUCAAGGAACUUGCGACCAAGUACAAUUCGUUUUCCAAGCUGAAGGCGCACCGCAAUGGGUCGCCAACGAACUGGCAGCGCAAACAGCGGGCGCUGCAGCAGCUAAAGGCGCAGACAUCCAACACCAAGAUUGCCGUUCGGCCGCGCGUUGCGCCGUCGUGGCGCCAGUCGUUCCGGGACUUUUCGAUUGUCGUCCUCGGCGUCUUGCUCGCCUUGGCCGCGGUCGAUGAGUUCCAACGCUAGCUAGCAUUUUAUAUUGCUCAACUAAAAAGAUGAAUAUUUACGCAGAGUAGUAGCAACGAUGACUCACG